AUGUCACAUGAUAAUCACCCUUUGAGGAGGGCUUUCUAUAAUUUAAACCGAUACCACCGCCCUGGACCCGAAUUAUGUAUUCUCAUUGAUGGGGCAUUCAUCAUUGAGUUGGUGAAUGAUGUUGUCAGGGGCGGGAUUUACCCGAGGGAUUUCGACCAGCAUACUGAAUUCCAUAAACACGCAUCGAGGCUUCCUUUUGAAUACGCCGUCGCACAUGAAUAUCGUUACCCAGGUAUCUAUGUUGGCUUGUCAAUUCGUAUCCCCAGGAAUGAUGAUCUUGAAUCUCCCGAGUUCCAUCUUAGCGACGUCCCCGGAGUUGUAUCGGUGAGUCCUGUCUACGAGGUGCCUCUGUCGGAUCCGGAUUUUCCUCGCCUUCGUUCAAUUGAUAACCCCCUCCGAUCAUAUUCGGACCCGCCAGCAAUGCCGGCAAUAUUGCCGAAAUCUGAUGGGGGUCUAUCUUCGACACUUGAAAUGGCUGGCGUUGAUAAGCUUCACCAGCUCGGUGUUAAGGGUAAAGGUGUAAAGAUAGGCAUCGUUGAUACUGGCGUCGAUUAUCGUCAUCCAGCACUAGGGGGUGGCUUCGGCCCUGGCUUUAAGGUGGCUGGGGGUUGGUCUUGGUUAGCCGAUAAUGGAACUGCGUUUGAGCACGACGAUCCGCUUAUUACGUGCUACGGCGGAGGACACGGUACUCAUGUUACGGGAAUUAUUGGUAUGGAACCUCUCCUGGAUGGAGAGAGAACAUUGAAUAUAUCUGGUGUUGCUCCGGAGGCGACAAUCUAUAUGUAUAGAGUAUUUGAUUGUUUGACUAACGGUGGGUCGACCGAUCGUAUUAUGGCAGCGAUGCUGCGGGCGCAGGCAGAUGGCGUUGAUAUCAUAAGCAUGUCUCUAGGUAUCCAAGAGUCGUGGCAAGACGGGACUGAUCCAUUAACAAAAGUCGCCUCGCGCCUUGUGGAUGCGGGCGUAGCAGUUAUCGUUUCUCAGGGGAAUGCUGGAUCCGGCAGCAAAUAUGACCCCCAACUUUACCGCACGUCGACGCCCGCUGAGCUGCCAAGCAUUAUAUCUGUUGGUUCAAUUGCAAAUGAAAAAUUCCCACUCGUAUAUACCUUUACAGAUUCCCAAGGUGCUACACUAUCAUAUGCGUCUCUAUGGCCCAUCGAAUUCCCUGAUGGCCUAGAGGUCUACAUGCUUGAAGAUGGCUGUUCUGGCACCAGCAAGUGGGACGAUGCCAUAACGCUUCUGGAGAAUAAUGGAAAGAUCAACAAUACGAUAAUUGCAUUUCCUAUCACUGGCAACUGCCGCGAUACUGGUGCUAGGAGUUGCUGCUCGAAGCGCAGUAUUCCUUAUAUAAUGGGACUCUAUACGAAUAUGUCAGACCCGUACGAUGUAGCCUACGAGAUACCUUCUUCAGGCUCCAUAGGUGAUGGUUUGGUUCAGUACGUAUCAGUGGGUUUCAAGGACAGCGCCACACUUUUGGCGAAUAUGAACGCCACUGGGCCCGAGAAAUAUAGGCUAUAUUUCAAUGACACCUCCUAUUCGAGCCCCGCACAGGUUGCGGGUGCUAAAAUGGACUACUACUCAGCCUUCGGACCUAUCUACUUGAAUUACGAUCUUAAACCCCAAAUAUCAGCACCUGGAGGCGAAAUACUUUCUACCUGGCCUCUUGGAGAGCAAGGUUACUACUCCCUUCUAUCAGGCACGUCAAUGGCAGCCCCAUUCAUCAGCGGUUGUUACGCACUUGUCAAGUCUCAGUUCCCUGACCUGUCUGUCGCGGAAAUCCUUUCCCUCCUACAGUCAACUUCGAGGCCUAUGAAAUGGGUAUAUAACGAUACCAUGACCGCCGGGACCUUUCAACAGGGAGCUGGCUUGGUCAAUGCAUAUAACGCUAUCACAUAUCAGAGCCGCGUGUCUCCGGGCCAACUUCUCGUAACUGAUAACACACACACUACUUUUGGAGCAGUCAAUAUAACAAUUAAGAACCGUUCAAGUUCAACGAAGAAAUAUGAGUUAUCCCACGAAGGUGCUAGUUAUUCGGAACCUAACCCUCCUAAUAACCCCAUCUUCUCUCAGGAGAACCAGCUCCCGAUAUAUGGGUCCGCUGAGUUUGAGUCAUCAACCGUUGAAAUACCAGCAGGAGACUCUACAGUCGUAUCGUUUAGGAUCUUACCUCCUACAUCAGGUCUAAAGCCUGAACGACUACCAGUAUUUGGUGGCUUCAUAAAGGUGACCAGCGACGACGAAGAGUUUAGUGUGCCAUAUUCUGGCCCCCCUUACUCCUUAUACAACGCUCGGUAUAUCCACAUUAUAAAUACGAGCACGACCGUGCAGCCGCAAGUAUCGUAUAAGUUCCAAGACGACUGGAUUAUUAACAAAGGCAUACUGGAAGUUAAUUCUUCGAUGCCUUAUCGCUCACUCAUCGGCCGCGACCAGUUCACUCGUGGGUAUCGGAUUGAUCUCGUACCUGCCAAUAUUAGCAUAAAACCCGACUUCUACGGCUAUGAUCCGGCCGAAAAGUACGAGUACCGUUCCUCAGAGACGAUACCGCCGAUAUCAGUGUUUGGACUGCCAUCGUACGGCACUCUGGUGAAUUCUACCGAAUUGCUGUCUCCGUCUACCUUCAACUGGCCUCAAGGAACCGGGCUCAAGGCUACUCUGCCUAACGGAACAGAAUAUUCACCCGGCCUGGGAGAUUACCGUUGGCUUGCUAGCGUGCUACGUUGGGGUGGGGAUCCUGAUAAGUUGGAGGAUAACGAGACGUGGCUUUCAGGGGUUAUAAGGUUUGUAGGAGACGGGCCUAUAACAGAGCCUGUCUAG